AUGUCUCAAAUUCCUGAUUCUUCACCCUCGGACUCGGAAACCUUGAUUAACUUGGAUUCCCCAUUGGAACAAGAAAGCGAUAACGAUACCAUUAGCCUCACUGGAACCGUAAUCGACGCUGAAUCCAAUGACUCUGAUUCCAUUGACCAACCAAAUACCAACAAUGAGUCUGUAAUACUUGACCAACAAGAAGACGACGACCCUUCAAAUCAAGAAGAGGACUCGGAAGAGUUGUUGAUUAAUUACUAUAUUCCACCAUUGCCGAGUGGAUUCUUCUUACCAUCGGACAAGUGCCUGUUUCGAAAAAGAUAUCCCUCAAAAAAAUGGCCCCCUAAAAAUUAUCUCCCUAUUCCUCGUCCUGACUUGUGCAAAUCUCUAAAAGAGAUUAGCUCGCUCCAAGAAGACAAGUAUUAUAAAACCAUUAUUUUGAACUACAUUAAUACCCGGAUUUAUGAAUCAAAUAAAGUGCAACAUAACCCCAAUGUACGCUCUUUUGAUGCGUCAAUUGAAUCAAUUGAAAGAUUCCCUCGUGCCACUCUGGAAACAUCAGUUUCUAGCAACUGUGUAAUUAACACUGAAUUUAGGGGAAACACAGGUACCCUGUUGCCAAUGUUGUAUGCAACCUCAGGGUAUCUUCGAACUCUGCGCUUAAAGGGAUUUGACAAAAUCCCACCAGGACCUGUAAACCAGAGACCUGUGACAAAGUCUUUUAUUAAACGUGUGCGACGUCGAUUGGGCUUGGACCGUGCAGGACAACGCGUGGCGACGAGUUUGGGUGCAAUUUGUGUGGUGGAUUCUUUUGAUGAAGAUUCAGAGAAUCAAAUGAAUUGUUAUUAUUAUGAUGAUUAUGAUGAUGAAGAAAAAAAAAAAACAAAAGAAAAAGAGGGAAAAAGUGAGUGUAUUGGGGGAGAAGAAGAGAUGACUGAGCCGGGAAUUAUGGGGGUGAUUCGAAAUCAGUUGCAGGUGAUGUUGCGAGCAUACAAUGCAUUUAAUGGGACAAAGUAUCCUGGCACAAGUGUGACACUUUGUAAUCAUGGCCCCAUGAAUAAGUUGCAUGCGUGCAUUUUUAAGCGAAGAAGAGGAGCUCUUGGCGAUGGUGUAGCACAAGGUACCACCAGUACUUGUGGCCGCAAUUGUGGCGAUGGAUGGCACCGAAACUGGAAAUUUUGUGAGGGUGGCUCUGCCACUGGCGGUGGCUCAAAUGACACAAUUCUAAAGAAGGAGAAUCAACAACUACAACGCCUCUCUCUUUCAGAAAUAAUACCAAGCACUUGUGUUCCCUCUUGUGCGCACUGUGAUAGUACACCAUCAAUUGCACCUCCACCAUGGCCAUCACACCAGGCCACACAGGCCACUACACCUUACCUAGCCACAGAGACUUAUCAAAACUCUGGUGAUGGGCUUCUUACUGAUGCCACUGUUGACAAUGGUUUGGAGAUUUGUACUGGCGACAGCUGUGCCACUGCCCAGAAGAAGCUGCGCAGGGAAGAUGCACCACCACCACCACCACCACCACCAUCAUCACCAAACUCUAAUGAUUCUCUAGCGGGCUCCGAUGAAGAUUGGAUUCGGAGUCCCGGUACUAUGAAUAGUGCAACAAUACAAGAUGUACUACUUUUAACAGAAAAGACUGGGCCAAACCAACAUGUUCGUUUUGUUUUAGAGCCGCGCAAAGAUGACGAGCACGGAACUUUGGCAUUGUACUUGGUGCACCGACCCACGGGGUAUAUUCAUUUGAUUUUGUUUUGUGUUAAUCAGCUUAUUGAAGAACGUUUUAAUUCUGACUCCUUGAACUUGGAUGCUUUGGUUGAUUCCGAUUUUACCAGUGGUGGUUUGGAUGUGUCGAUGGAUUUGUCUGAGUCACAAGAAGUUGAAACAAGACGUGAUGUGGAAGCUGAUGAAUUUUUUUUUGAGGAAUUUGAAUUGAGUGAUGAUGAUGGUGGUGAUGAUGAGCAAGAUGGUGGUUAUUUUCUUGAUGAAGAUUUCUCCAAACCUCUUGUUGAAGAGGAAUUCCUAUCACACCCUGAAGAAGGUUCUUUUCAGAAAGAUGUGGAAGAUAUUUCCCAAAGUCAAGUGCAAGAGAUUUACGGAAAAAUUACAGACAAGGAGGUAAAAGAACAAGAGGAAUAUUAUGAAGACCCGGGAUUUUGGGAACCUCCAAGUGAUAUUGAUGACUACAAUGACUACAAUGACUAUGACACCGAUGGCGAAAGUUUUGACGAAUCCCAAAACCAUGAUGAUGAUGAUGAUGAUGAUGAUGGCUUAGAUCUUUAA